UCAUAAAUUUAUGACAUAUCAUAAACAUAAGUAUAUUUAUUUAUAAAAAACUAAAUGACGGUCUCUGAUCCAUUGAUAAAAGACUUGAAAGGAUGGGCGAGAAAACUGACAGAAGCGAAUGCUGAGAUAACUGACAAGAGCACAGACCUGCUGUUGUUUUGCGAGUGUCUGGAAAAAUGCCUGCAACAGGGUAUCAUUCAUCAUCUGAAUCCUUUCAGUUUGUCCAAGUCAUCAGAAGUCUGGGACUGGGUUGAAGAGCUGGUGGAAAGACAUCUAGGCGAGCUGCCGACACUGUCACUGGCAGUGGAAGCGGUUUCGCAAAAUGAAAAAAUUCAAACGCCUGGUGGGAAGCUGAGACUUUUUAUCAGAAUUUGUCUAGUCAAAAAGUGUCUGCAUUUGCCGGUUCAACUGCUUGUGAGGACGCACGGGCUAACUAGAAAUUAUUAUGAAGCGACAAGUAUUCUGGGUGAUGAAAUUCUUGGGGAAAUUUUUCUCUCAGUUCUGUUGCAAAUCAGCAGAUUGAAAUUUAAUUUGAAUAUUAGAAAUUCAAGGUUUCUUGAUGACACCUGGCAAUUACCUGAGUUUAGAAAUAUUGAAUUAGUGCCUUGUAAAACUCUAGGAAUUUCUAUUUGUUUCACUAAAGGAAAAGCAUUAAUUGUAAAUGUCCAAGAAAAUUCCGUUGCCGCUGAAGAUGAUAAAGUAGAGAUUGGAGACGUCCUAGACGAAAUAAACGGCCAAGUACUGACGACAAAUACUCGAGGAAAAUUAGGAAAACUUCUAAAAAAGUCAUCCGGUUUACCAAUAAAUCUCUAUAUCAUCAAAAAGCGUUACAAGUCUAAUGAUUUGUACGGGCCAAUAGCGUCGCUGAUAAAAAACUGCGGAAUCGAUCGGCUGAAAGUUAUUUUGAAACCGCAAAAACCGGUCGUGUGUCUGGAAGAAAAACCCGCCGACAUAGAAGUAAAAAAGCCUGCAGACAAUCCUGGGUAUCGGGUUACGUAUUGCGGGAGUAUCUUGAUAGGCACCGCUGGAGAUGUCAAACAAAUAGAGCCCGCAAUUUACAAACUCAUAAAACGCGGGGACAUUAAAUUUGUUGAUGUUAAAUUCGAGUGCUUGGAAAUCGGAAUCAAAGUCACUCAGGAAUCGGAUAAUUCUGUGAUUUUGAAUCAAUGUUACAUGGAAAUUUCAUCUUGUGGUCGCACUGCCAACAUUCCUGAUUAUUUUGCAUUCAUCGCUGGAGAUAAAAAUUGUCAGAAAUCAACAAAAUUUACAGCGUUUAUUUUUCAUCAUCGUGAUUCAAGUCAAGUUCAAACGAUACUGCAAAGUCUAGCUCAAGGUUUUCAUCGUACGCAUUAUGCAGUUUGAAGAAAUUAAUUAAUUAAAUUUACAAUUACACCAUAUCAGUAUAAAUUUUUUGUCUAUACCAAAGAUUAACACCAAAUAUAAAUAAUUUAUUACUUCGCAAA